GCUUGGCGCAAAAGGAGAUGGGCUCUCUCCUCCAACCCCUUUGUUGGCCGUUGUGGACUCGUUUCCAUCUCAGCUGUCGGUUGGGAAAAAAACCCCGCUAACGAUGCUGGCGGCACACGAGGUGCCCCUUCCAGGCCUUGGUCUUCCUUGGUCCUGCUUGGUCGCGGGGGUACUUGCCUCCUUCGUCCCUCGGUCACUCCCUUUUCGUUGGCCCACUUGCUUGCCCGUUGGUCCUGCCGUUGGAUGAUUCUUCAUGUCCCGACCCCGUCUCGCUCUCCCCCAUCUUGCCCGGCCGUACCUUUUACUCUUUUCCUGUUGCACCUGCCCACCACUUUCUCCGCUGCCGACCUCCCCUUCCACGCGCCAUCAUGAAGCGCGACCAGGUAUUAACCGCCGCCGCGGUCGAGGAUUUAAUCGCCGACGGUCAUGUAAUUGUCAUUUUCGAAGACUUUGUCCUGAAGUUGGACUCGUGGAUUCAGAAGCAUCCUGGCGGCCGGCUGGCAAUCCUGCACAUGGUUGGGAAAGAUGCGACGGACGAGAUCAAGGCGUACCAUAUCCCAGCCACGUGGAAGACCAUGAAGGCCUUUCGGAUAGGCCGGAAACCACCUGGAAUCUGGACCAACAAGACGCCGCCGAUCCGGGGUGGCCUUUACCAAAAACAGGCCACGACCCCACCUUCCGCGACUGCGACACUCGAAAGCUCGAGCGCAGACUCGGUACAGGAGCCUCAAUAUGUCUGGCGGGUUUCCGAUGACCCUGCGUCCGCCGGCAAGAAGGUCUUCGCGGGAGAUGCCGCCGCCUACACGGACUGGGUCGAGAAGCAGGAGAUCAAACACGACAACACCGAAUAUCCGUCGCUGGACCCUGAGGUACAACAAGAUAUCACUGAGAAGUACAGGGCGUUGCACCAGAGAGUCCGCGAUGAGGGCUUCUACAAUUGCCCUUACUUCUCGUACGCCAAGGAGAUGGCCCGCUACACGAUCCUCUUCGCGGCAUCCAUGGUAGCCCUGCGCCACGGCUGGUACGUGACGUCGGCCUUCUUCCUGGGACUGUUCUGGCACCAGAUCAUGUUCACUGCGCACGACGCCGCGCACGGCGCCAUCACCGGCAACUUCGAGACCGAUAGCCUCAUUGCCAUGUUCGUGGCCGAUUUCUGCUGCGGCCUGUCCAUCGGGUGGUGGAAGAGCAGCCACAACGUGCACCAUCUCAUCACCAACCACCCUGAACACGACCCGGACAUCCAAAAUGUGCCCCUCUUCGCCACGUCCCCUUCAUUUUUCCGCGGCAUCCACUCCAGCUACUACAACUUCACCUUCGCCUGGGACGCUGUCGCCGACUUCAUGGUGCCAUACCAGAAGUACACCUACUACCCCGUCAUGGGCAUCGCCCGCUUCAACCUCUACCUCCUUUCGUGGCUGCACGUGCUCUCGGCCAAGGCGGGGUCUCUCGGAAGCAGCAAGGCGUGGUGGAUCCGCCCGGCCGAGAUUGCCAUGAUGUCCUGCUACUGGUACAUUUUCGGCUACCUGUUGCUGUGGUGCACCCUGCCAACCUGGACCAUGCGCGUCGUGUACGUGCUGGUCUCCCACAUCAUCACCAUGCCGCUGCACGUGCAGAUCACCCUGUCCCACUGGGGCAUGUCGACCGCCGACGUCGGCGAGUCCGAGUCGUUUGCCCAGCGCCAGCUGCGCACCACCAUGGACGUCGACUGCCCGGCCUGGUUAGACUUCAUCCACGGAGGCCUGCAGUUCCAGGCUGUGCACCAUCUAUUUCCUCGGGUGCCCCGCCACAACCUGCGCAGGCUGCAGGUGCUGGUCAGGGAGUUUUGCGAGAGCACGGAUAUUCCGUACACGCUUUUAGGGUUUGUUGAUGGCAACAGCAAGGUUUUGGGGCGUUUGGGAGAGGUCGGGGAGCAGGUCAAGCACUUGGUUGAGUGCCAAAAGUACAUGGCGGUGACAGGCGUCAGUGGAUUGCAUUAGGGGCAUUUCUGGCAUAGACAGGUGGGCGGCAUUUGUUUGAGGAAGAGGUCCUCUACACGGCGUUUGGCAACGGCUCAUUUCUGUAUAUUUUCGUAAUUACAAGCCAUUUCGUUUUCUUUCUACUUCUUGCACCAGCCGGUGGCAUGGUAUGAAUC